GCCAGAUUUAGCGAUGGUUGCCGUGAGGCUCUGCGUUCUGUUCCUCUCCUGCCUUCUGGCGUCAGCCUGGACUGUGGAAAGACUGAAAAACACUGUUGACUUGAGAAAUGUUAACUAUCCCAGGCCUUCUCUUUGUCAUGGCCUCCAGCUAUUGUUGUGGUUUGCCCAACUAGUUCAUGAAAUUGAUCAAGAUGGCAUUCUUACCCUCGAUUCAAAAUGUAAUCCAAAAAGGGGCGAUUUUGGCUUCAGUUACUUUGGAAAUGAAGACGAAAUCCUCCCUAUAUUGAGUGAGGAGGGGAAAGAAUAUUAUUCUGUUGGCAACCUUAACACCAAAGAAUAUCCUCAAGCAAAUGAACUGCUGAACUACAUCAAGGGGGUUAAAAAUACAUGUUCAUGGCAAAAGGACACAUACAGGCUUGUGGUCUCUAUGCACCCAAAUCAACCACGAAAGGUUUAUAAUGCCUAUAUCACAGCACAUAAUUUCGGCAAGGACGGCUUUCCUCCGUCAACCACAUAUGAGAUUGAUCCUGUUCUGAUACAGCAGAUUAAGAACAGUAAGCUAUGCAAUGUGGCCAACAAUUUUUGCAACUACUUCUCUUUUGAUCCCCGAAAGAAAAGUCCACAAAAGACUAAACCAACAAUUUGCUAUGGCCAAGAGUUUGAUGUUGAAAACAGAAGGAUUCCUACAAUAAUAAAAGGCUUUGAAGCUGAAAUGCAGCUCUACAGUAAAAACGGUACAGCUUGUGCUCGGCUCUACAUCAAGAAGACCUACUGUAAAUGGCUCGAUGACUUCAACUCAUCAUGGGUGGGGUUUUACAAUAAUUCAGAAAGUCCCAAUGAAAAUUAUAAAACCUAUUCGUAUGCUGUAUAUUUUAAAAAAAUAAUAGGACAUGACAAAAAGUGUUAUGAUGUUUAUGAAUACCAGUCAAAUUUGCCAAUUGCUCCUGGAGUUCAGAUCCGCUUUUUCCCCAACAAUCCCUAUACUGGCGCCCUAGCACAAACUACACCCUGGAAGGCUGCUGAAGAAUGGAUGAAAUCAUUAUCAGACUGUAAAAACAUAAAUCCAGAUCGACCUAAUGACUUGUCAUACUUGACUGAUCGAAGGAACAUUUAUGGACUGGAUGCCAACAGAGUCACUCCUAUUAAAAUAAAAGGGUUUAAAGCUAGAAUGCAGCUCUACGCUAAAGACGGGAAAGCUUGUGCUCGGAUCUACAUCGAUAAGACCUUCAGUAACUGGCAAGAUGUCUUCACCCAGUCAUGGGUUGGGUUCUACAACAGUUCACAAAAUCCCAGUGAAACAUAUAACGCCGAUGUCAAACGAUUUGAAAAAAGGGUAGGACAUAGCAUAAAGUGUUAUGACAUUUAUGAAUUCCAGUCAAAUUUGCCAAUUGCUCACGGAGUUCAGAUCCGAUUCUUCCUCAACAAUGCACGUGAAAGUGAACUAACACAAUCUAUACCCUGGCAAACUGCUAAAGAAUGGAUGACAUCAUCAUCAGACUGCGCCUCAUCAUUCUGGUCUGAUCCUGAAACUGAUGAUGCCAACAGCGUCAUCCCGACUAAAAUAAAAGAGUUUGGAGCUAGACUGCAGCUCUACAAUAAAGAUGAUAAAGCAUGUGCUCGAGUUUACAUCGAGAAGACCUUCAGUAAUUGGCUAAAUGUCUUCACCGAAUCAUGGGUGGGUUUUUACAACAGUUCGCAAGAUCCCAAUGAAAGAUAUGUCAAAUAUGAGUAUGUUAAAAACAUUCAGAAAGUGGAAGGACAUAGCGGAGCGUGUUAUGAUAUUUAUGAAUACCAGUCAAAUUCGCCAAUCUUUCCUGGAGUACAGAUCCGCUUUUUCCUAAAAAAUACAUAUACUAGUGAAAUAGCAAAAACUACACCCUGGCAGCCUGCUGAAAAAGCAUCGACAUCACCAUCAGAUUGUAAAGAUCUGAAUCAUGAUCGUCCCGAUGUCUGGUCAUACCGGCCUGAUCAAGAGUACAAUUAUGGAUCAGAAUUUGAUGACCUCAACAGAGUCAUGCCUACUAAAAUAAAAGGGUUUGAAGCAAGUCUGCAGCUCUACGAGAAAUACGGUAAAGCUUGUGCUCGGCUCUACAUCAAGAAGACCUUCAGUGAAUGGCAAUAUGACUUCGCGUCAUCAUGGGUGGGGUUUUACAAUCCUGUUCAAAAUCCCAAUGGCAGAUAUGAUGCCUAUGAGUAUGUGGGAAAUUUUGAAAAAGUGGCAGGACAUGGCAUCAAGGAUUAUGAUAUUUAUGAAUACGAGUCAAGUUUGCCGAUUGCUCCUGGAGUUCAGAUCAGCUUUUUCUUAAACGAUUCAUACAGUAGUGAACUAGCAAAAUCUACACUCUGGGAGGUUGUUUGAAAACGUGCCAUUGAAAAAUCUUAUUACAGAGGUAAAAAAAAGCCAUAUAUGAUCAUUUCAUUAUUACUUGCAAGAAUCUGCUUCUUAUGUUUACCUAUAAAAUGUUUCAAAUAAACAUCAUAACUUAAUUGAAAGAUGUUCCUGUGACAUUGAAAUUUUUAAUAUUGCAUUUAAAAAUGCCAUUCUGCUUGAAUCUGUCUUAUGCUGACAACAAUAUCCACAUAUGUUAUAUUUUAAUCAGAAAUAUCAUCAAUUUGAAACAUCCUGAUUGCAUUGGAUUGAUGAUCUAUUAAACGCUUUGCAUGCAA